CUAGGCCACAGCAUGGCCGUGCUGUGCCUCAUCCUGCUCAGUGCCUCGCUGGCCAGCCUCCUGUUGCCAGGGGGAAGUGUGUUCAUCAACCGGGAGCAUGCCCACACUGUCCUGGAGAGGGCCCGGAGGGCAAAUUCCUUUUUAGAAGAGAUCAAGAAAGGAAACCUUGAAAGAGAAUGUGAGGAAGAGACUUGCUCCUACGAAGAGGCCCGAGAAGUCUUUGAGGACACCGAGAAGACGAAUGAAUUCUGGAAUAGAUACAAAGACGGCGACCAGUGCGAGAGCAGCCCUUGCCUGAACGGCGGCCUGUGUAAAGACGGCCUGGGGGAGUACACGUGCGCCUGCUUGGAAGGCUAUGAGGGCAAAAACUGUGAACUGCUGACACGAAAAUUCUGCAGCCUGGACAAUGGGGACUGUGACCAGUUCUGCAGAGAGGAGGAGAACACCGUGGUAUGUUCCUGUGCCAGUGGGUACAUCCUGGGUGACAAUGGCAAGUCCUGCAUCUCCACAGAGCCUUUUCCCUGUGGGAAAUACACUCUGGCACGUAGGAAGAGAUCCAUGGCACAGGCCUUCAACAGCAGCGAGGAUCCCCCCGAAAUCAGCACACUGGGCCAGUACGACCCUGGAGACCUGGAACCCACCAAGAACCCUUUGGAUCUGCUGAACUUGAACAACACAGAGCCGAGCCCUGAGGAAGAUGGGAGCUCAGUUGUCAGGAUAGUGGGAGGGAGGGACUGCAAAGAAGGCGAGUGUCCCUGGCAGGCUCUGCUUGUCAAAGAGGACAACGAAGGCUUUUGCGGAGGCACCAUCCUGAAUGAGUUCUACAUCCUCACCGCCGCUCACUGUCUCCAACAAGCCCAGAGAUUCAAGGUGAGGGUAGGCGACCGGAACACGGAGAAGGAAGAUGGCAACGAGAUGGUGCACGAGGUGGAAAUGAUCAUAAAGCACAACAAGUUUAACAAGGAGAACUAUAACUACGACAUCGCCGUCCUCAGGCUGAAGACGCCCAUCACAUUCCGCAUGAACGUGGCUCCUGCUUGCCUGCCCGAGAAGGACUGGGCGGAGUCCACGCUCAUGACCCAGAAGUCGGGCAUCGUGAGCGGCUUCGGGCGCACCCAUGAGAAGGGCCGCCCCUCCGUCACCCUCAAGAUGCUGGAAGUGCCCUACGUGGACAGGAACACGUGCAAGCUGUCCACCAGCUCCACCAUCACCCAAAACAUGUUCUGCGCCGGCUAUGACACAAAGCCCGAGGACGCCUGUCAGGGGGACAGCGGGGGUCCCCACGUCACCCGGUUCAAGGACACCUACUUUAUCACGGGCAUCGUCAGCUGGGGGGAAGGGUGUGCGCACAAAGGAAAGUUCGGGAUCUAUACCAAAGUCACCAACUUCCUCAGGUGGAUCGACAAGUCCAUGAAAGUCAAGGCCCCAGCCCAGGGUGAUGGGGUCGUCUCUGUAGCUCCCGUCCCAUUAGAUUGA